AUGGGAGUGCUGAAUCUGUUUGAUCCUGAAUCUCUCCUGCUAGCUAGGCUAGUCAUAGCAACAAACAGGAGUGCUGUUACUGCAUUUAUCAAUAACUUAUCUGAUACGUUUCAGUUUCACCAUCACCACAAGAAAGGUUUGGAUAUUAACCAAGUCCUAACAGUAACACCAGACAAUGGAAUGUCCCUUCAGAAAUCAAAACCGGGGUACUCCACAGGCUCAUCGGGGAUUUGCUUGCUUCCUGCCACAGACCAGUGGCAUCGGUGGGCCAAAUUUGAUGGACCAUGCCCAGAGGAGAAGAUCCUGACUAGGCAUACGAAGAAAUCCAAAUUCCAGUAA